UAUGAGUGAUAAAAAUGCUUAAGACUUUAUCGAACGUCAUUGUUCACGCUUUAUUGAUAUUUCUGGACGUGUUAACGACAUUUAAACCAUAAUGGCAAUUACUGAUAUUGGCUGGUUGAGCGACGAGCCUCUGUGAUUUGAUAUAUCACGCACCACUCCUUGGGUAUGUCUGAAGAAAACUGUGUAGGAGUUGUUCAAUAGUAAAAGGGAAAACUUUGUGUUUGACGUUUUACAUUUAAGUGGCUCCAUGAUUGGUCUUUACUAAAGAAUGAAAAAUUGUCAACAAAAAACGGAAAAUGCAGUCAGUAUAUUGGCUCGACAAGGAAUCGCACGGAACCUCUUCGUCCUCUGACGUCAUGCUUUGUGACGUCCUCACACUUCCUUCAUUGAGGAGGAUCUUUGCGUCUGACCGCGACACUAAAAUAUUUCAUAGUUUUUCUUAAAGAGUUUGUCUCCUCUCAUACCGUCACUUCUUUAAUUACACGAAUUUGAGAGGAAAAAUGAAAAAAGAAAAAAUCCCAUAAUUCUGAAACUGAAGUCCGUAACAUGUGAUGGUUUCGAUCCAUGGAGAUUUUCCCUUUCAAUCAUUUGUGACUGUAAACUCUGGUGCCUUACAAAUUAUUGUUUCGGUUGAUCACAAUACUGUACUGAUCUUAAAUUAGAAAAAAUGACGUAAUCGUUAACAUAAAUAAUUCCCUGGCGCCAAAAUUGUCUUUUUGGCAAGACUUCAAUCCGUAUUCAGGCUUCCUCGUCAAUAUUGUUAUGCAAAAACACAAGAGACAGGCAGUGCUAUAAGGACCCUGUAUAAGAUUGCUUCACACGGAAAUUCCCUGUCUGAAAUGGAAAAAAAUAAACAGAAUUAAAAAAUUCGAGAAACACUGAUAAGGUGUAGCACCAAAGGAAACUUGUUGUUACACUGUAAUGAAAAUUACACAAUCAUGUCAUCUAGGAUCUGCAUAGGAUAUGAUCACAAACUGCCUAUCGAGAGGUUUUGUUUCUGAAAUCGUGCCCUCAUUUCCGUUGACAUCAUUUCCGGUUCGCCUCGGAAUACCCAUGGUUUCCGGUUGAAAGAACGCAAUGACCUUGUUCUUCUUCUAACUGUCGUGCUAAGGGCUGGUCCUCCAAGACCUUCAAAGAGAGUCAUCUCUUGGGCAAUUUUCUCGAGGGAAUUAACAUGGUAGACGGCGCAUGAAAUCGAGAAGAAAAGAAAACAUCGCUUAACCACUCUUGUCAUUAAGAUUAUUUAAUAUUCCCGCCUGUGCGAAAUUAUUAAACAGUCUUGCCGUGGGUACACCGAACGCAGCUAGUCUAUAUUCAGACAAGCGUCGAAUUGAACACCGCGGCCUGAUUGCGAGUGCGGGCUUGAGCAACUGGUUGGUAGUUAAGUCGAAGGAUGAGAUCUGAAACUCACCCUAUUAUGGUUUUUUGAUCAAGUUUUCAAGAGGGUUACCGGAAACCCAGACGACUGAACGAUGAUCAGUGUGGCGCAUGAAGAACAUGCUGUGACUGUAACUCCCCGAAACAGAGCUAACUUUCGAAGGCUCAAAACCAAUAGCAUACAAAGUUAUAAACGAUGGGAGAAAGAGAACGAACUUCUUUAUGCGAUGAUGGAAGACGAGAGCGAAUGGCUGGCCAAGUUGUUUCCCGAUGUUGUUAUAAGUCCCGACUUUUUUUUCUACGCUUUGGAAGAUGGUUCGUUGCUCUGUCGACUUGCGAACUACAUUCAAGAGAAAGCGGAGGCCUACUCUCGUGAACGAAAAAUCGCAGUGCCGGGGAAAAAAUUUCGCUAUCACACAAUGGGUAAAUGCAACAAAGAAAUCAAACUCUUUAAAUCCAGGGACAAUGUGCAACAGUUUCUAACGUGGUGCCGAAGUCAUGGUAUCCCCGAAGCGAUCCUGUUCGAAUCGAAUGAUGUUGUACAAGUAGACGAUUAUCGAGAGGGUUGCAGAGGUGUUAUAAUUUGUUUAAUGGAAAUUGUUAGAAGGACAGCAAAGUUUGAACUGGACGAACUACCCCAGUUAAUUCAAAUGGAGAAAGAAAUCGAAGAGGAUGAGGCAAAGCAUGAUACGGAUCUUUCGGACGAGCACGGGCAAAUUUUAGAUGUGGAGCAAAUAAAUAGGAGUGAAUUUGAAAACCUCGAAGUACAACAGACAGAUCAGCCCGAAAUCCAAAGCCCUAGUUCUUUAGACUCGGAUUCUGGGGUUGACUCCGUAUUUGAUCAAGAAGAAGGAGACAAUACAGCGUCCCGUUUGACGGAGUUUUCUGUGGAGGAGUCAGAGGAAAGAACGAAAACCACAGCCGUGACAAGAAAACAAACUCCUUCGAAACCAGAAGAUCGAAAAAGUUGCUCAAAAAGUCAGAAAAAAACUGAUGAACUUCCUUCUCUUCUUGAUAGCAAAGGACCCAAAUCUGAAUUAGAUAAACAGGUGUGCAAGCUUGCUCAAGAUUACAACAUAAAAGUUGUUCACCGACUGAAAGAAGGAAAAUACAUCAUUCUUGGCAGAAUCAUGUUUGUUCGAAUGUUGAAUGAUCACAUGUUGGUACGCAUUGGUGGAGGAUGGGAUACUCUUGAACAUUACCUGAUGACUCAUGUACCCUCCAAACCCUCCAAACAAGCUCUUGAGAGCUCUAGUGCCACACCGAGUUCACAAGCUCCUACCAGUCCACGAAAUUCCAUAUCGACAUGAACCGGAGGCAGGAAUAGUUUGUUCGAUAAAGUUAAGAGAAGAGAACAAAUUGGAGUUAUCAAUAGAGACUCGCCAGUGUAUUCCUCGCAAGGAAGCUUGAGCCAUCCUUUGGCAUCUCAAUCGACGCCGAAUCUAAGAGAGAAGUCGAAAAAGUUGUCUAUUGUCGAGAGUGACAAGAAGGACAUCACAGACGCCAUUCGAAAGAUUGAAUCAUCCGUCUCGCAGAACUUAGCUUCAAGGCCUGUUAGUUUCACAAGCAAGACUUUUCAUCAGCUGAAAAGUCGUUUUGACAAGGUAAUCUUUGGAUCCAGCAGGCGAACUUCAUCCCCCGAUCUUUCUUUGAAAGGCACGAAGAUAUUGAGGCGUUUGAGCGACACUUCAACAAUGGCGGACAUAGCAACCACUCUUUCUUUCGAUAGGAUGAACGAAGAUCAACAGCAAAUUGCAAGUGGUAAUAAUAAUGAUGCCGUUCUAAAACAAACGGAGUCCGGUGGUGAAUCUUUUUCGGGCAAAACAACCGCGCCCAGCGAGGACUUAUUCGGGAAUGAAACUCGGCAGAGCAACGAACUAAUUUCCGUGGACGAGACCGACGGCUCUGAAUCUCGUGGAGAUUUACCUUCCACGGAUCACGCAAAGGAUUCUCAUUGGACUGACAAUUUGCUAGGUGGUCCACUAAACGGGAGCGAAAAAUUUCACCCUGGUGAUCAGGGGGAGACUGCAGUUGAUGUUUCGUCGUUUGAUCCUUUCACACCGACAGGUGACCAGGACCAACUAAUUUCGACGGAAAAUGAACCUUCGGAAGUUACUGAAGAGAAGCCAAAUGAUGCAGACGAUGUUGAAGAAGGCGCUGUGGUUGGCAAUGGCCACCUUGAAUUAGAAAGUAUUCCUGGGAUUGUACAUGAAACAGCAGAAAUGCACGAUGAGUUAAUCGUAACGGAAGCGGAUGAUAAUGCGUUGGAAUUAACACCACGGAUUGACCUGGGUGAUUUGUUAGCGGACUCCCAACCUGUAGAUCAAGUCACGCCGGAGCUGCAAGAACCUACAGAAGAGUCUUCACCUUCAUUUGAGCUAAGAGAUCCAUUAGCUGACACGAAAUCAGUGGAAGCAGAGAAAGAAGAUUUCAUGGAGCGCUCACCAACGGAUCACCAGAUUUCAGAAGCAGAGGCUACGAAUCCUUUUGAAAAAGUCACAUCUGAUGAACAGUUCGAUGGAAAGGACGUCCAAGACAUUCCUGCUAUUGGAAUAGAUCCCUUUAUGGAAUCUCCCCACCAGGAAGAAGCCACUAAAUUGGAAGAGCCAGUCCCUAGCGAGGAAUCUCCGGUCAAAUCGGAAGGAGAGAGUACUACGCCUGUGUCAGACGAGGUCACUUCUGAGGAGCAGAGUCAGGAAGUAGCCGAGGUUUGUUAUAUUAAGGGGGAUGAAAGUAUGGAGGAAACCUCAACUUCCGAGAACAAAGUAAGGAUUUUAGAAGAAGCAGCUAAACCUGCAGAACUACAAGCCACGCCUGUAAUGGAAGAAGCCAAGUCUGUAGAAGCAGAAAUGGAUUCUGUAGAGGCAGAAGCUAAGGUUGCUUUGGAAGACGUUCAGUCCGUAAAGGAAAAAUCUACCCCCGCGAACGAAGACGUCAUGCCUGUAGAAGAAGAAUCCAAGUUUACAGAGGAAGGAGUGAAGCCACCUGAGACAGAUGCCAUGCCCUCAGAGGUACAAAUGCAGAUUGCAGAGGAAGAAGGCCAAACUUCAGAGGAAGAAGUCAAACCGGUUCAGAAAGAAGCCAAGCCUGCAGAGGUCUAUGCUUUUAUGCUUACCGACGAAGGAGUACCGCCCGUAGGGGAAGAAGCCAAGUCCACAGAGGAGGAAAUGAAGUCUUUAGAGGAAGUAAAGCCUUUAGAGGUAGAGGCUAGGCUUGCGGAGGUAGAAAUAAAGAAUACAGAGGUAGAAGGUAAGGCUGCAGCGGAAGACGUGCGGUCCUUAGAGGAAGAAGUCAAACCUGUUGAAAAAGAAGCCAAGCCUGUAGAAAUCUAUGCUCUUAAGCUCACUAACGAAGAAGUAACACCUGUAAAGGAAGAAGCCAAAUCUACAGAGGAAGAAGUCAACUCUUUGGACAAAGAGGUAAAGCCUGCGACGGUGGAGACCAGGCCUCGUGAGCCAGAAACCAAACCUUCAGAGGAAGAAACCAAACCUUCAGAGGAAGAAACCCAGCCUCCAUUGGAAAAAACCAAACCUUCAGAGGAAGAAACCCAACCUCCAUUGGAAGAAACCAAACCUUCAGAGGAAGAAACUAAACCUCCAUCGGAAGAAACCAAACCUUCAGAGGAAGAAACCAAACCUCCAUUGGAAGAAACCAAACCUUCAGAGGAAGAAACCCAAACUCCAUUGGAAGAAACAAAACCCUCAGAGAAGGAGGUUAAACCUGUUGAGAAAACAGCCAAGCCUGCAGAGACCCAUGCUUUCCCAACAGACAAGAAGACAGACAAGAUUACGAAAACUAAGUCCCAAUCAGUUGGCGCAAAAUCGGCCAAGUCUCCUUCUAAAGCAGCCCCAUCAACAGGGUUAGCUGCAGCGAAAAAACAACCCGGAGCCACAAAGCCUUCAAGUGGAACAUCUAGAAAAGAUGUCAAAGCUCCAGUUACUAAAGCACCAGCAUCCAAGCCUUCUGCUGCUACUAAGGCGCCGGCGACGAAGUCGACAACCACCACCACCCCAAGCACAAAGAAACCCAUUGGUAAAGCGGCAGCAACUAAGACAGAUGAAAUAAAGAAACCAGAGAGACCGAAAAGUGCAUCGACAGCUCGUCCUCCGACAAAGUCCAGUGUUACUGGUACCACUCGUCCUGCAAGUGCAUCGCCUCACAAAGUUCCAGCUUCCACCACGAAACCACCCGCCCGUAAGGCCCCUGGGGUAGAUUCCACUGACUCUGGGACACCGAAAAGUGCACCAAAAACUACUGCUGGUAGGCCAGCAUCCACCAAACUAACACAGGUUAAAACGAGUUCGCCUGCAACGAAACCCACAGCAACAAAGCCAAGCCGACCUCAGAGUGCAAAACCUAGCGACAAAACAGACGGUGCAACCAAGACACCUAACUUACGACCACAGAGUGCAAAACCAAAGUCGACCACUACGACUACAACUACUGUAAAAAAGACAACAACCACUACUAAGACUGGCACUGCUCCUCUGAAGACUAGUACCACAAAAACUGUGACAGGAGUUAAGAACGGCCCAGUCAAAUCGUCCACUACAACCACAAGACCUACAAAACCUUCCUUGACAACUAAAACUGCUGCCAAGCCCACGACGGCCAACUUGAAAUCAAAACCGGGUGUGAAAACCAGUACAGCAGGUGCGAAACCGUCCACAAAAUCUCCGCCAAAGAAGAAAGUAGACGAGGCAAAAGAAAAACAGAAACAGAUAAAACUGGAUGAAUCCGUGUCCAAGGAGGAAAAGAUAGUCGAGCUUGAAGAUACGGAAAAAGAAAAGCCCCCUGAAAUUGUCGAAGUUGUUUCAGAGGAAAGACCUAUAGAAGGAAGUUCCGAAGGGAAAUUGAUUGAAUUAACACCUGUUUCAGCCUACGAACAAGCUUCCCCGUCGGCCGAAGUCUCAUCGGAGGGUGUAGUCACACAGAUCGUCACAAGCCAAACGACGACCGUUGUUGCAGACGGCGAAGAACAAACGGCAACUACAACAAAUGAGGAAUUUACCUUUGAACAGUUUGAAGGAGAAAGUUAAGGCUGUUUAGUACUUAGAACUGUAGAGCCAAGGAAAUUCUAAUUUUGCGAGCCCUUCGUAGUUCCAGUCAUGACAGGAAAGGUCGAAUCAGUCAGAUAAAAAAGGAACCAAGACCAUCUAAAUAAAGACCCCGGAAAGAACUAAUUGAUCUUAAAUUAUAUUUUUCCUGUUAAAACCACAAGAAGAGGCAUACGGAAAGCAAUGGUUUCUCCUAUUAGUAAGUUAAUUGCGAAUGUACAAUUCACAAAAGUAGCGUAAAUUUUUCUUAAGAAUCACUUAUUUCUUUUGUAAUUUGAAAAUUUCGUAGCCUCGUUAUUUAUAUCUUCGGAAUCAGAGGACUUUUCUUAUGUUCGAAACUCUUCUCUAAUGGUCGACCCGUGGUCACGGAAUUUAUUAAGACACGUGGUUUGAUAAUAAAGGGGUCUAAUUGUUCACAAAGGUAAAACCAACUAGUCUUGAGCGAGAGUAAGUGUUAAAAAUUUUCUGUAUUUAUACCAAGAUUUGCAUAGCCUUAACAAACGUGCAGUCUAGGGUGAACUUCGAACAGUUUCACGAGGAACAUGUAUCAUAAGAUGUGUGACAUUUUCAUAACCAGGGUAUUGUUGAAGAGUGUCCAUUUUUUCACAGAAGUGUCCUAUUUUCACAGUGUUCAUCAAUUGAAUUGCUACUAUUUAAGAAAAUUAACAUUUUUUCAAAUUGAUUUAGCUGAGACAGUUGGAGACACUUAUUAUGUGAGAGAACUUGAAAAACUGACAGGUUUGUGAAAAAUAGUUACAUAAAAAUAGGGAAAUAAUGUAUUUUGUGUUUUGUAAAUAAUAGAGAAAAGAAAGAUUUCGUAAAGUGAAUCAGAGAAUUAAAAAGAGUUAAUUUAAA